UUUGUCCAACUACAACAAUAAUUACUAUCAUAUUUUUUGUACAAAACAUAAGUUGCAAGCGCGCAUACGGUUUCAUCCCUUACCUGUUACUUCAGUUUCCGUUCGACUUAUUAGUGACGUAGCUUAUUUACUUAUUUCAAUCAUUCGAUAUUUAGUUAGCUUACCAACUUUAAACUGCUUGGAACUUCUUUUAGGAAGAAAAUCCUUAUUACGCACAUAUUAUACCAUAAAAUGUACAGUGUUCAAUUUGCAUUCGUAAGAUUACGUUCACCUUUUAUCUGGAAACCGUGAACUUCAGGAACAGUGUGCUGUAGACAAUGUAAUACUGGACUGGGCGGCCAUUUCAUUCAAGUUAACACGCCCUUUAUUUGGCCUUUAUUAACUGGAGAUGUUAUCGGGAAAGCGUUGUUUUCUCCCCAGUGCCGCGGCGCUAUGGUGUGCUGCACUGGUUGCAAGUGCCAGUGCGUUGCGGUGCAUGAAAUGCAACUACAACGUCGAUGCAGGCAGAUGCCUGUUCUUUAUUCCCAGCCAGAGUGCUGCAUGCGGAUCCUCGCGUUACUGCGUCAUGACAGCCUUGUCCCAUCGAGAUGCAUCGGCACUUAACCUAUAUGACCCGGCCAUCCCACGGGACUGCGAUGCAACGGAUCAGCAGGCCGAUCAUGAUGUACUAUGGGAUAAACGGAUACCGAGCAACCCAGACUACAUAUGUAAAGAAAUCCAGCACGAUCUUCCCGAUCGCACCUGCAUAUGCCUUGCUAACAACUGCAACAAUAAGACGUGGGAUGAGAUCAUGCAGCUGCCCUUGGUACCAAGCCAACCUGGAGCCCCAUACAUUCCUACACUGGGCGCAAAUUCUGCUGACGAAAUGGGAGUUACCUCACCAAUGACAACGGUUACGACAACAGUUUCCACCGACACCGGUUCAGAUCAGACAGACGGCUCAGAUGGCUCCAUUCCGCCAGAUGGCUCCAGUAAGAACACAAAGUCUUGUCCAAAUUCCGGACCUAACUUGGGCGCCAUCAUUGGAGGAGUUGUUGGUGGUGUAAGUGAUUAUCCGCAGUAAGACUGUCGCCGAUCAUUACAGACACUGUUAUACAAGCUUGUCGAGGAACUGAGUGCGUAAAGCUCGCCCUUUUGGGCCUUCUCGCCGCCGCUCUGUGGUGGUUUCUGGUUAAACGAAGGAAGAAGAAGAAGCCGGAAGAGGACGAGGGACAAAGUCAGCCAGAUACCGAAAGCAAAGUUAGUGAUGCAUCGGCAGACGAAGUAUUUGCCCCGGAAAAUCCCGAGUAACGCUGGUAACAGGUGAGACGACGGCGAAGUGGUACCGUUAUCGCCGCGGCAUCCGGCCGGCAGAAGAGCGGCCCAUGAGGCCCUGUUCAAAACGCGGAAGAAGCCGACCUUUGCUUAGCUCGCAUUACGUCGUUUUACUGAAUUCGGUGCAGCGUUGUUGGCCCUCGGACUCAGUCAGGCUCAUUCUCUAGUCACUGAGCAUCUGCGCUGGGACCACAGAUUUACAAUGGUCCUUCCCGAAGACUGAGCAGUGAAUCUGAUUUAGUGCGAGAGAAAGAUUACAAGACCUUAUCCGAGAAAGAACCGCUUCCGGUCCGAACUGGUGGAUGAUGCCGGCCUUAUGAGAUACAGGCGAACGUUUAAGAAACGAUUUCGAGGUUAACAAAGACUACUGUUAUGUGCUGAAAUUGUUAGUGCAAACCAAAUGACAGUGUACGCAGUACGCAGAGAUCGCGCAGUUACGCCAAAUCAAUGCCUAUCACGAUGCUCGUUGCACGCGCCGACGCCAUCAAAAGAUUUAAUAUUA